UAUCCCUACAAUCAUAUUCCCGCUUCAGCAAUUAUCUGUGUUGUAUUCUGUUUCGAUUCAGAGUUUGAUCAAGUUAAAGAUGGAGUUCGUCAUGAGCUUAGGUGACAUGUUGGUGAAGGUUGCCUUGUUCUUCCUCGUUCAAGCUUUGGUUUAUCUUAUCCUCUCCAACUCUUCCAACAUCUUCUCCAAUACCGUUACCAGAUCCACCACCUUCAGGACCGCCCGCUCCGCCAGUAUUCGCCGGAUUCUUGCCGUCCUCUCCGACCAGCCGAUCGAAGCCGAGCCCUCUCCUUCUUCUAGGAGCCCUCCAUCCCCGGCUGUUCAGAAUUACAAGUCUGAAUAAUCUCUCCCUCGGGCUACGCACGAGUUCUUUAGUUUAGUAAGGUCGUGGAUUUACAAAAUUAAUCAAGAUAUUUAGUGGAUUCUUUUGUUGCUUUAGGGGUUUGUUAUUCUUUUGUUCUUUCCUCGUGUAUAUAUUACAACUUAUGAACUUGGAAUAUUGAGAUUUGAGGUUGUUCAUUUAUCUGUGUAUCCUGGAUUGUGUAUAUUGAAGAUCGAUCAAAUGUAUGGUUAAAGAAUUAUACAUAAGAUGAAGCUGUGGGUAUAUAA